AUGGCUGCUUCUAACAAUUGCUCAAUCCUCUUCAUUAUCGUAGCAUUAUUAUCCUUAUCAAGCAUAUCAACAAGUCGUGCUGCUCGUAGCCUAAUGCAACUUCCAAACUUGCCAAAAAUCCCCUCAUUGCCUCAACCAACAAUGCCACAGUUGCCUACUAUUCCCAACUUACCAACAGCAGCAACUUUGCCACCAUUGCCAAGUGCAGCAUCUUUGCCAACACUUCCAACCUCUAAUUCGCCAUUGCCAUCUUUGCCUACAUUGCCUUCUGUACCAAAGAUGACUCUGCCACCAAUGCCUGCCAAUAUUCCACUCCCCAAAAUGCCAUCACUUCCAAACAUUCCCAAUAUUCCAAACAUGCCUACACUUUCACCACCUCCAUCCAACUAA